AUGAUGAUGGAGCUUGUGUUCAUCCCCUCGCCAGGAAUCGGCCAUCUCAGAUCAACCGUCGAGUUAGCUAAACAACUAGUCAACGGAGACAAACGUCUUUCCAUCACCGUCAUCAUCAUCCCACGAUCUUCCGGUGGAGACACAAGUGAUUUCGCUCAAAUCUCCUCCCUCUUCACCCCAUCUCAACCUCGUCUCUGUCACGAAACCAUCUCCUUCGCUCCAACUUCGGAACGCCGCCCGAAUCAACUCUACAUGGUAAAUCAAAAGCCACAAGUGAGAGAUGCAGUCGCGAGACUCGUCGUCACCUCGUGGCUGCAUCUUGCAGGAUUCGUCAUCUACAUGUUAUGUAUCCCGAUGAUGGAUCUAGCUGACGAAUUUAAAGUUCCGAGUUACUCUGUGUACACGUCAAACGCCACGUUCCUUGGUAUCACGCUUCAUCUCCAAAAGAUGUACGACGAUAAGAAGUGCGACACGAGCGAGCUGAGUGAAGAAUCAUUGGUGAAAGAGUUGGAGUUUCCGUGUUUGACACGUCCUUAUCCCGUUGAGUGUCUUCCAUACAUUUUCGUUUGGAAGGAGUGGCUACCGUUAUUUCUAGCUCAAGCGAGAAAAUUCAGAAAAAUGAAGCGUAUUUUAGUAAAUACAGUUGCUGACCUGGAGCCUCACGCUUUGAAUGUUUUAUCACGUGAAGGUGAUCUCCCGCGAGCGUAUAUAUUGGACCAGUGUUGCAUCUCCAAAACGAUUAUUCCGGCGAUGAUGACGACGGUGGGAAGGAGUCGGAGGUUUUGUGGUGGCUGGAUAAGCAACUGGAGAGAUCGGUAG